CCGCUCCAUGCGCGUGCCUGCGCAUGGGGGUUAGGGGGGAAGGGGUUGGUGACACAAGCCCAACCCCCCCCCUCCCGCCCUCCGACUCUUAUUCGCAGCGUUUUGCUCCCUGCUGCCGCCCCUUACGCCUCUCCCCUCCCCUUGGCCCGGUGCCUGCCCCUCCUCCCGGCCAGUGUGUCCCGCUGGCCGCCCCGGAGCCCAGUGUAUGUGCGGCAACAACAUGUCCGCGCCGCUCCCCGCCAUCGUCCCGGCCGCCAGGAAAGCAACCGCCGCGGUCAUAUUUCUUCAUGGAUUGGGAGAUUCUGGACAUGGCUGGGCAGAAGCAUUUGCAGGUAUCAGAAGUCCACAUAUAAAAUAUAUUUGUCCACAUGCGCCAGUUAUGCCAGUUUCUCUGAAUAUGAAUAUGGCCAUGCCAUCUUGGUUUGAUAUUAUUGGACUCUCUCCAGACGCACAGGAAGAUGAAGCUGGGAUCAAGCAGGCAGCAGAGCAUGUUAAAGUACUGAUAGAUCAGGAAGUGAAGAAUGGAAUUCCUUCUAACAGAAUAAUUUUGGGAGGCUUUUCUCAGGGAGGUGCCUUGUCAUUGUAUACAGCUCUUACAACACAUCAGAAAUUAGCAGGAGUCAUAGCACUCAGUAGUUGGCUUCCACUACGGACCUCUUUUCAACAGGGUGCUAUCAGUGGUGUAAACAAAGAUAUUCCUAUUCUUCAGUGCCAUGGGGACUGUGACCCUUUGGUUCCUCUGAUGUUUGGUUCCCUCACUUUUGAGAAGCUAAAGAGUCUGAUAAAUCCAGUCACUGUAACCUUCAAGACUUAUUCGGGCAUGAUGCAUAGCUCAUGUAUUGAGGAGAUGAUGGAUGUAAAGCAGUUUGUUGACAAACACCUACCACCAGUUGAUUGACAAGAUUUGAGAUGCCUUCUGUAUAAAAACACCAGCAUCAACUUUGGUAGAAUGUGUUAAUAAUUUCACAUGUCCAAUUCAAAAGCAUUAUUUCUACACCUGCUGUGUUGCAAAUGUAUACCAAGAACAAGGACUAAGUAGUAUAUUUCACAAGAAAUGGUAAUCUUUCAAGUAAAUCAUAAAUUGGUGGGAUUAUAGGGAAUGAGACAGCUAGAUAGCAUGUCAGAAUGUAACUGAGAAUACAAUUGUAAGAUGUUUCUGAUUUUUUGAUUGCACCAUUUUUAAAGCAGUCAUAUGGCUAAUUAAACUCAUUUUGGUUAAAUGAGCUGUUUAAACAUGACUAGAUUGGUAUGCUUGGGAUAUGAUGUAUUCCUAAUACUCGUUGAAAGUAUAUUAAGAUAUCCUGAUAUAUAUCUUGUAUAUAAAAUAUGUAACAUGUAAAACACAAGAGGCAUGUGAUGGUGGAAUGAAUAUUAGUGAGGAUAAAGCUUCAAAUAUUAAUGAUUUAAACAUUGCUACUGCAUGUGAAGAGAACUGUUCUCUUACCUACAAAUGAAUACAUACCAGUGAUUCUAAUUAUAGCAUUUAUUCCAGUCUACUUUUUAACCUUAAAAAUAGUGUCAGGAAAGAAAAUACUUGCUAUCUCAUACAUCCUCUCCCCCCAAAAAUGGGUUGACAUCACAGAAACUAAGGGGACUCAGCUGUUUGUCACUAGACAUGUGUUUACCACUCAUCACAAUUUGGCAAUAGCCCAAAUUUAUUAGUGUUAAUUGAUCUCAGAUGCUGACUCAUGAAACUGAGGUUUAAAAAAAAUACAUAAAACAUUUCCAUUUUAAGAUUCUUGUUUUCAUGUUGCAUAUUUUUCCCACACUGGAACCCUCAUGGGUUUUGUCUUGUGUAGCUUACUAAAUUUUUUAGAAGUAUUGACAAUGUAUUUUUCAUUUGCAAUUCAAGUGUCUUGUUUUAUUUUUUUGCUUUGCUCCAGAAUAAUCAACUGGAAAAGCAAUGCAAAUGUUGCACACAAAUUAUGGGUAUUGUUGAACAGACUCAUCUACAACACUGGUAUUAACUACUUUUUAUUUCCUAAGUGCUGCAGUAUGAAUGUAAUAACUUAGUCAUUAUAGUGAGAAACUGCCAGCUGUUUUUUCUUUACUUUGAUUGCAUGUUCACCAUGGGACGUCGUCAUAUUUUCUUUUUAGACAAAAGCUAUGUAUGACUUUCCACACGUAGGUGUGCUCCAUUUUCAUCCAAUGCCCUAGAAUAUUCUAGGAAUAUGAAAAUGGGUCCUGUCAAACCUUUGAAACAGAAGAAAUUCUAUAUCUCAUGGAAGUUACAAUUUUGAGAAUUCAUGGUAUAAUAGAAACUGAUGAUACAAGUUCAGCAAUAGAUUAACUGUGUUGAAAUGGUGUCCUGCUAAUAGAAAACUAGAGAUGAAAGUGAUCUGUUUGGCAGAAAGAUUAAAUGGAUGAUCAAUAUAGGAUUCCUUCCUAGCUUACUUUAUAGUAUUUUGUUCAAUCAAGUUUUAAGUGUCUGAUGUUGCAGGAUACCUAGUACAUCUUAUUUUGGGAAAUUAUUUCCAGAUGGGAUGAAAUUAAAAGGAAAAUUCAGGCUAUUACCCCAGUAACUACAUACAUCUCAGUAUAUCAAACUAAAUAGGAUAUUUCUCCAUUUGAUGUUUGCAUACUUCAGCUAUUUGGAGACUCUCAUGCCCCCUUCUUAGCCAAUAUAUACAUAUUUUAACUUUAAUGCUUACUCAUAAGUCACUCCUCCUGCCCCUGACUAUUCUUCUCUAGACAGCCUCCAAUUCAUCUUUCUGGUAGUGUGGUGCCCAGAAGAGUACAAUAUUCCCGUUUUGAUCACCCCAAAAUUGUACUGAGAAGUAUUGUACUUCCUAGCUCAGAAACAUGAUCCCAAAACUGCAUUGGCUCCUUUUACAAUCAUUUCACUUUGCAAACUCAUAUUUAGCUUGCUUACCGCGGAAAUCCCUAGUUCUUCCAUUAUUACUGCUUCUUGGCUCUUUUUCUGUCGUGUGUGUUGAAUGAUUUCUUCUCAAUAUAAACUUGUCACUUCCAAAAUUAUCUGUGCACAUUUCUAAUCUCCAAAUCCUUUCCUGUUAUUUCCUGUACCACUUGCAGUGCCUUCAGUUUAGUAUCUGUUAACUUAAUUAACAAAGAUAUUAAAAUUAGACUAGUUUUAGCUCUGUUCCCUGUUAUAUCCCACAGUGUGUUCCCCAACUUUAUACAUUACAGUCCACUGUUAACUUUUUUUUACAAUGUUAGCCAGUUUGUUGUCCUCAAGUGUUCCUGCACAAGUCAGCUUGAAUUAAUUUUCCAUUAAAACACAUUGUCACUAUCAAAUGCUCUACUAAAAAUGAAUACUAAUACUGGAUCUACUGCAUUGUGUGCUAAGUUUGUCCAAAUAUCAAGUCAUAUCUUACUAGAUUUAUCUUUAUACAGUAAUGCUAUGCUGCUGCUUGUUACCCUUUAGAGCAGUGGUCACCAACCCAUAGAUCACAAUCAACUGGUCGAUCCUGGAGAAUCUCCCAGUCGAUCGUGAUCUCCGGCCACUAAAAGUCCAGUGGGGCUGCCGCUAAGGCAGGCUCCAUGCCGCUCCCAGAAGCAGCCAGCUUGCCCCCGCAGUUGAGGGGAGGGCAGGGGUCUCCGUGCGCUGCUCCUGCCUGUAAGCACUGCUCCCGUAGCUCCCAUUGUCCGGGAACAGGGAACUGCGGCCAAUGGGAGCUGCAAGGGCGGUGCCUGCAGAGAAGGGCAGUGCAUGGAGCCAUGUGCCUCCCCUUCCCCAGGGGCUGCAGGGGCAUGUUCCGGGAGCAGUAUGGGGCUGGGGCAUACAGGGAGCCUGCCUUAGCCCCACUGCGCCACCAACCAGGAGCCGCCUGAGGUAAGUGCCGCCUGUUAGGAGCCCACACCCCAGCCCUAAGCAACCUUCUGGAGUCAGCACCCCAUACCCAUCCUGCAUCCAAAGCUCCUGCCCCAGCCCUGAUCCCCCUCCCGGAGCCAGCACCCCAUAUUCCCUCCUGCACUCCUCACCCCUUCCUGUACCCCAACCCCCUGCCCCAGGCUCAGACCAAAGCCCCCUCCUACACUCUGAACCCCUCAGGCCCAGCCCAGAGCCACACCCCCUCCCCAACCCCCUGCCCCAACCUGGUGAAAGUAAGUGAGGGUGCAGGAGAGCAAGCAACGGAGGGAAGGGGGGAUGGAAUGAGAGGGACUUUGGGAAAGGGACGGGGUAGAUCCUGGGUUGCACUUAAAUUCAAAAAGUGAUCUUGUGCAUAAAAAGAUUGGCGACCACUGCUUUAGGGGCUAGAUUCACCAAGACUGGUGCAAAAAAAAUGUGAACUACUAUACCUUGCAUCAGUCUGGCCCACUGUGUUCCAGGAAGAGAACCUUCCUUCAGGUUUUUCCACCAAGGAGGACUGCUAAGUUGCAAUGGGGAUCAAUAGAAGCUUGAUGCUUGAAAUUACUUCAAGGAUACCUUUGAAUCAACACAUCUCCCCAGUUUGUACAACAUGCUUCUUGGGCUGUGCCGGACCUUUGUACCCUCUCAGAUUGAAGGGAUUGUGUGGAUGCUUUUGCAGCCAGAGCCUCUUCACUGGCAGACAUGGCUACUGAGAAUUCCUGCCAGGAUUAGCAUAUGUGCUAGGUUGAAUAUGAGCCCAGACAAGUGAUUUUUUUCAAUAUUUGUUCCAUUAUUUUACUAGGGGAUAGACGUUAGACCUAUGGGAUAGUAAAUAUCAAGAUUGCACAUUUGAAAUCUGUACUGCACGUUCCUAGAAUUCAUUUUGUUUACUUAGAUUUUAUUUUUCUCACCCAGACAGAGGAAAGACAUCUACAAACACUGUUAAGCUACUGAAAACAAAAUUUGUUUUUUCUUGUCUGCAUUAUACCCCCAAGAAAUAGAGACCUACAUUUUUGCUGUGACUUUAGUUAUGUAGUUUCCAGACACAAAUUAAUUUCAAACACAUGCCUAAUUUUUUUGUCCAAACCAAAAAAUUUGAUUUGUUCAGUUGGAAGCCUUGGACCUGCUAUUUGAAUACAUUCAGUUUGUUCAUAAACACAAAUUGGGUUGUGGCACCUUAAAUACUAACAAAUUUAUUUGAGCAUAAGCUUUCGUGGACUACAGAGAACAUGAAAAGGUGGAAGUAGCAGGAGAAAAAAAACUUUUGAAGUGGUGGUGGUUUUUUUUCUCCUGCUGAUGAUAGCUCAUCUCAAUUGAUUGGCCUCUUACAGUUGGUAUGGCUACUUCCACCUUUUCAUGUUCUCUGUAUGUAUAAAUAUUGUCUUGCUGUAUGUUCCAUUCUAUGCAUCCGAAGAAGUGGGCUGUAGCCCACGAAAGCUUAUGCUCAAAUAAAUUUGUUAGUCUCUAAGGUGCCACAAGUACUCCUGUUCUUUUUGCGGAUACAGACUAACACGGCUGCUACUCUAAAACAAAUUGGGUUGUGCAUUUUUGGCCAAAUCCUACAUCCGUUACUGAGGCAAAAUUAUUGGUGUCACUGGGAACAUUGCCAUAGUGAGGGCUGGAAGAUUUGGUCUUUACCUCCCACCUUGUAAGUAUUUUUAUAUAAUUUACAACACAGUGGGUUGCUGAAAAAUACUAUAUACUGUAACUACUAUAUUAGAGUUGUUAAAUGUGUUCUCUCUAUGAAGUGUAUUGCACUUCAUUAAACUGUUAAAAUGCAUCUUUAUAUAUAGGCGCUACUUGAUGCAUAAUGGAUAUAAUUUUAAGAAUGUACUGUAUAGGAUGUUGAUAAUGAAGCCAUAUGUGUAAGGCCUGGGUAUCUUAAAUUUUAUAAACAAUCAUUUUAACGCUUCGCUUUCCUUUAUGUUGAAGAAUAUGAGCGGAUGUUAUUUAAUAUAAAAAAUCAAGAUGUCAUUUA